AUGAAGACGAAAACAAUCUUCGUGAGACUAGUGUGUGCCGUCGCAGUGUAUGUGGUGGUCCUUUACAACCGUUACAUCGGUUUUAUUUACAGUCUGCAGUUGCUUCCUGUACACUUGUCUACGAUAAGGUCACCUCUAAGUGAUACAGAGAAACAAAACGUACACAAAAGUGCAAGACUAGAUGGUACUAGCAUCUCCACUGGCGAUGUGAGGGUGAGCAUCAGGGUUCAAGACCAUCAAACGAUCAUCAAUUCUACCAGCGCUGCUACAUGUAGUUCUUUUCCAAACUAUACGCGUGAACAAAAUACUAGCAACCCGGUGCAGAAGCUGGAAGAGGACUUCAACCCAACCUUUCCCAUGCUUCAGUCUUAUAUUAUGCACCGCAUAUGGCCUGUGUAUAAUUGGACAGCUACAGACGGGAAAUCUCUGACAAAUAAAACCAUCAUGUUUCACAACAAGCCGGACUGGAUUAAACCAAACGGCAACCAAUACUUCAACAACUGUGAAGUUAGCACGUGUUUGCUGACAUCAGAUACUAAGUGGCCUCAGACUGCGGACGCCAUCAUCUACCAUAUGCCGUGGCUGAAGGAAGUGCGACCACCGGAAGGCCGGCCACCCGGCCAGAUCUGGAUCGCUUACGGUUUUGAGUCACCGGUUUAUCACUAUUCUCAGUACAGGAAUCCAGGGUGGAAGGACGUCUUCAACUGGACCAUCACGUACAGACAGGACUCUGACCUGUUCCACCCGUACGCUAUGUUGACGCGCCGGAAGGGUCUUCUGACGAGAAACUUCACGCAGGAGGCGCUGGAGAAGACCAAAAGCGUGGCAUGGUUCGUCAGCAACUGUCACACACAAAGCAAAAGGGACGUGUAUGUCAAGCAAAUGCAGCAGGUCAUUUCUGUAGAUAUCUUCGGUCGGUGUGGGUCCCAAAAAAUGCGGGAAGACGUGCAAUGAUCUGCUAAACAAAUACUACAGAUUCUACCUCUCCUUCGAGAACUCGUUAUGUCUGGAUUACGUCACAGAAAAAUUUAUAAAAAUAUACGCAGAUGUCAACAUGGUGCCGGCUGUGCGCGGACGAGC